AUGAAGUUCUACGUUGAGUACCGGAUUUUGGAUGGAACUGAAAUUUUGCUGGAUAAUUUGGAGUUAAGCGAUUCGAGUGAGUCAGAGUGGGACAGUGAGUCAGUAAGGAGCAGUGACAAAGAUGAAGACGAACACUUUUAUGAGAGCGACGAAGAUGAUGCAGGAGCCAUCGACGCCGAGUUAGGAAUGGCCAAUUCGGGAGAACAAACUCAGUACCAGUCGCAGCUCCCUGAACACGUUAGUCGUGUAAAUGUUGACGAUUUCGUAGUUGACUUGAAUGAGGGUGAGACCCCGAAUUUUACUUGGCAGCCUGGAAUGGAGUUUCAAACGGGGAUGACCUUCAAAAGUUGCGAUGCUGUUCAGACCCGUGCAACCGCUUAUUCAAUCGCUAUGGGGAAGGAGCACCAGUUUCAUCGGACUACCCCCAAGACAAUCGUGUUUUUUUGCCGACACAACGAAAUCUGCGGAUGGUGGUUGCGAGCAACCAAGCUACAGGCAAAUCAUACAUGGACCCUGACAAAAUAUAUAGGGCCACACACGUGCGAUCAUUUUAUGACAGGUCGCGACCAUCGAAACUUUAAGUCUAGUCAAAUCGUAGAAUUUAUUAAGGACCUGGUGUUGGAACAACGCGACAUUCGCAUCAAGACGCUGAUGGCUGGUAUUUGGGAAAGAUUUUCUGUAAUGCCUACCUAUAAAAGAACUUGGUUAGCUAAGGAGAAGGCAAUAUGCAGCGCCUACGGAAACUGGAAGGACUCUUUCGCCAAAGUUUGUAGCUUCAUGGCCAAUGUGAAGGUCACAAAUCCCAGAUCAUUCUGGCAUGCAGAAGGCGAUCCAAUUUACACAAACCACUCGCAAAAUCCCCGAGUGAGAAUGUUUCGCAGAAUGUUUUGGACCUUCUACCCGAUGACAGCUGGAUUUUCUUUUUUGAAACCGGUGCUAUUCGUUGACGGGACUCAUUUGUAUGGAAAAUACACAAUGACCUUGUUGAUCGCAUCGGCGAUAGAUGGAAACAAUCACAUAAUGCCACUUGCCUUUGCACUUGUCGAAUCGGAGAGCGCAGCAAGCUAUGAAUAUUUUUUGAGUCAUCUCCGGGAGCAUGUUAUCAAGGAGAGAAAAGUGGCAAUUAUUUCGGAUCGCGCUGGUGGAAUAAUAACUGUUUUGAAGCGUCCGGAGUGGGCAGGUGUUUCUCACAUGUUUUGGAUAACGCAUUUAGCGAGUAAUUUCAAUACUCAUUUCAAAGAUAAGGAUUUGAAAAAACUGGCAGAAAAAGCAGGACGGGCUUACCAGAAAAAAAAAUUCACAAGGUAUAUGAAAAUUAUGAAGAUCAAAUCGCCUGAUGGGUAUAAAUAUUUGAUGAAUAAGGAAGUAUUGAAGAAAAAUCAGUGGGCAAGGGCGUAUGACGUCAACGGACAACGUCACAAUGCGAUGACAACAAAUUAUGCUGAGUCUGUUAAUGCGACGCUCAAGAAUAUCAGAAGGCUGCCUAUCACCACAAUGAUUGAAGCUAUUUUCCGUAAGCUUGUCGAAAAAUACAUUUUCCGUUGGAAAUUUUAUAAGUCAUUGAUCGACAAGGACAUUGAGUACACGCCAAUCUGCAUCCAAUUAUUGUGA